AUGCCUCUCGAUCUGUACUACAAUAUCAUCGCCCCGCCAUGUAGAGUGGUGUUGUUGUUUGCGAAGUGGUUAAAGCUCGAUGUGAAUCUCAUCGAGAUGGAUAUACUGAAGCGUGAUCAUUAUAAACCAGAAUUCGUCAAGCUUAACCCUCAACACUGCAUCCCGACCCUUGUCGAUGGGGACAUCGUAGUUUGGGAGUCCGGUGCGAUCGUUAUUUAUCUGGCCGAAAAGUACGGCAAGGACGACACUCUCUACCCGAAGGAUAUUGCACAGCGGGCAAAAGUUAAUCAGCGCCUAUUCUACGACAUGGGGACACUUUUGAAGAGCAUUCACAUCUACUAUCAGCCAAUACUGAUCGGAGGGGAGGGCAGAGCCGAGGAUCUCAAAAAAGUACAGGACGCGGUGGCGGUACUAGAGCGCUUCCUGCAGGAAAGUCGCUGGCUGGCUGGGGAGCACAUUACCGUGGCCGAUUUUACCACAGCCGUUACGGUGGCGGCAUUGGACGGCACGCUUAACUUCGAUCUCACCAUGUAUCCCAAUGUGGUCCGAUGGUACGAACAGUGCAAACAGGAGCUGGUAGGCUACACGGAAAUAACGAAAGAGGCCGCCCAAAGGACGCAGGGCUUUUUGGAUCGAUUCCGGACCAUGCGUGCCGCUGAACAGCAGCAACAACAGCACUUUACAGAGCUUCAAACGAAGCAGAAACCACUCCCAAGCACAACUAACAGCCAACAGGAUGCUAGCAGCUCACUGACUGUAGCUAAUGAACAAAGCAAUGGCCAAUGA